ACGUAACGUAACAUAUUAUUUAAACAAAGUUCUCCAAAAUACUCGAAAAUUUUCAUUUUGUUUUUCAUUUGGACAUAAUUCACUUGGUAGUUGUAUCUACAAGAUGGGAUUUGAUCAGGCUAAUUAGCACGUAAUUAAAAUAAAAAGAGUAUAAAUGAGAGGAAGGAAGGUAUGAUAAGAGGUCAUCGCAGAAAUAUGAGGACGCAACUGAAUCGAACGAAGAAAGUGACUCAUUUUUCUGAAGAGAAGAGAGAAAGUGUCUUCCGCAGAAGAAUGUUGUCCCAGUCUCAGGAGCUCGACAGUUUUACGUGACACCUGAACGGAAACGGAUCGAACAGGUGAACAGCGUUCAGGAGAAAACAAGAGUGGCAUGAUAAUAUCUAAGAGGACGUAUUUAUUUUACAAAUACUAUGUUUAUCAUGAAGCACAAAAUUUCUCUUAGCUUGUUUCUUCUGUUAGUUUUCUUAUCAUGCGUCAGUAUAGGAAUUCCAGGUGAUCUGUACUCAAUAUCUGCAACAAAUUCGUCAAAUGUUUCGAUGAUGGAACCAACAGGACUGUGGAGUGAGAUUCUAGAAAAUUGGAUUGUUUCCAACUCGAAAAUAAAGAGGAUGUCAAAAGUAAUGAAACUAGGGGAUAAGAGUUUAACUGUGACAAGUAAAAUAUCGAUGCCAAACAAACGUGAAGUCUCUGAAACCGACCUCUAUCUACUUGGAGCGAUAGAGAAGCUUGUCUAUAGAGUAGAUUUUCUAGAAAGUCGUCUGAGAAGAGCGGAAGAGCUCCUCUAUUACGUGAUUUCCGGAACCAUCAAUAAAAAAGAGUCCUGUCCGACGAAUUACACGAAAAUUGGUGAAAACUGCUAUCACUUCAGUAAUCGUGACUUUGAUUGGAAGUCAUCGGCCAGUCUCUGUCGAGGAAUGGGCGGUUAUUUGUUGGAAUUCGAUACAAAAGACGAAAAACAGGAUGUAUUAGCUAGUUUACAAACAAAUUCUAAAUUCAAAGGUAAAACUUUUUGGACAGGGGGAUUGAAUCCAGGUCUUCUUUGGAUUUGGGCUAGCAGUGCAAAACCAGUAUAUCAAAAUACGAAACACACUGUCCCUGGUGAUGGCAGAUGUCUAAAAUUAUCCUACAAUUCAACGUCCAGAUUGUACUCUUAUCAAAGCGAUGAUUGCGGUGCUAAACACAAAUACGCUUGCAAAUUAACGAAAGAUGACGAGUCAGCAAAUAAAAUUGAAAAAGCUGCAAGAAUGCUAAUGAACGAAUAGUAUCAAUUAUCGCAACUAGAUUUUGGAUUUUUAUACUGGUUCUUAAGGGCAUCAUUCUUAAGCAUAUCAUUUAAUCCUUUGACUGUUUAGUACUAGUACUGUUUUGUACUAGAAUAUUGUACAGAUAACUUUUAAACUUUUGGUAAUUUUAAACACUCAGAUCAAGAAAAUAGAAUUUUCGGUAAAAAAAAAAAUUAAUACAUAUUAAAAGUUAUAUGUACUUCGAAUGUUUUAUAUAUUCUUUUCAAACAAUUUUGUACUUUAAAAUUUUCUACAAAUACACAAAAGAAUCGGUGGUUUAGUUAUGACUGAUAUGUAAUUUGUAUUUAUUACAUGUAUAUUUAUUUAUCACUAUUUAUAAUACUGUUAGAAAAUCUAGUGCAUUCUUUCACUUGAAGUAACUGAAGCAUUUUGUUCACGUUAAGUACUCAUUAUUUAUAGUAACUAACGUAU